UGAGCUAGUGAAGACUCUCCAGAUUGUGAUCAAACUUCAGACUCGUUUGGAGGAAGAGGAGAAACAGAGAUGUUACACCUGAAGAGUUCAGGUCUUCUCCUGCUGCUGACUGUGCACUUUGCUGCUGGUUCUUGGACUCAGCGAUGUGACACUCCAGAGGGGAAGUGUGACUUCGUGUGUGAUUGUACUGACUGCAGCGAUGAGCAGGACUGUGGCUACAGAGGAAACAGGUUUGAGUGUGACUUUGAGGAUGGAGGGACGUGUGGAUGGACCAACCAGUCCAUCAAUGAAGCGUACAGCUGGGAGCUUCGUCAAAGAGGAGACACUCUGCCUGACAGCGGGCCGUCCUCUGACUACACCACCGGGACAGCUACAGGUUGGUUUAUGGGAGUGAGCGCAGUGAAAUCAGAGUCUGUCAGUACAGCAGUUUUAAUCUCUCCAGAGAUGAAACAGUCGUCACCAACCUGCCGCCUUCGACUCAGAUAUUUCCUGUGGGACUCAGGCCACACAGGUCUGGGCUCCACCCCUCUGUGGGCGUCCAUACAUCGGCAGGACUCUCAGGAGGCUGUAGUGUGGCGUCCUGAGGCCACCAGUGUCCGCGGCUGGAGGGAGGCUACCAUCUUCCUGGGCCGUAUCCCCACAACUUUCCAAAUGCGUCUGAACUCAAAGCGCUCUGAGGGACGAAGAGGAGAUGUGGCAAUAGACCAGCUGGAGUUUUUGGACUGUGCUCUUCCCUCACCACACACUGGUGAGAGCUGCCCAGCUGGGAUGAUGGAGUGUGAAAAUGAAGGCUGUGUGGAGCAGCAGCAGGUCUGUGAUGGCACCGACAACUGUGGUGACGGGACUGAUGAGAAGAACUGUGGAGAAUACCGGCGCUGUGACUUUGAGGACGACCUGUGUGAUUGGACUCUGACUUCCCUGUCUCUUCUAAAAUGGAAAAGAAUGAAUCAGGAAAAUAUCUCCACGAAUGAUCCUCUGAAGGGACCUGGCAGGGAUCAUUCCAACAACAGUGCAUCAGGUUACUUUCUGUACGUCACUGUCCCUGAUGUUGGUCUCACAACUGACUGGGCAGCUUUCCAAAGCCCCCGCCUCGAACCCACCAACAGUUCACAUCCAUGCAAAAUGGUGAUGUACACUCACCAGUUUGGGCCGAGGUCCGGCGGUCUGACGGUGCUGGUGGCAGAUGAGAAAAUCUACCCGGUGUGGCAGAGGGGUGGAGCUCUGGGUGAUGUUUGGGUGAAGGCAGAGGUGGAGAUUGUCACCAAUUCCACCUUCCAGAUUCUAUUCAUGGCUGCAAUCAGAGACUUUGAUUACGGAGGCAUCGCUGUUGACAGCAUCGUGUUGUCCCCUGAGUGCCGCCUUUCACCUGUGAAUAACACCUGGGUAAAUGAAUUCCCCAAACCUCCUAAAGACCUGUGUACUACACCGGACAAGAUGUGUGAUUUUCAUCGUGACUGUGCGGGAGCCGAGGAUGAGGCCAAAUGUGGGGAUUUCUCUUACCCUGAGGGAAGCUCUGGCUGGACUGACAGCAGCAUUGGGACUCAGGAUUGGCUGUUGCAUGUGAACUCCACAUCAAACGAGGAGUACCUUUAUGUAGCCAAGGCUCCAGGCCAGCAGUUGACCGAGGCCCAGACAAGGACCCCUCUCCUGGGCCCCUCCGGCCCCGCCUGCACCCUGAGCUUUGAUUUUGCGGUAACAGGGAAUCCAGAUCACAUCGGUGAGCUGUCCGUCAGAGUGAUCGACAGCUUACUGGGCAUUCGGCCUAAGCUGUGGGAGUUCAGUGGGAAGACGGGGGUAGGAGAGGAGUCGUGGAAGCAUGUGGAUGUGUCUAUCGGAGCCAGAAAACACCGCUUCCAGCUCGCCUUUGAAGCUGGUGCUGUCAAACUUUGUCCAUGUGCUGAGAUUAAAGUGAAAAACGUUCACUUUGUCGGCUGUUAUGCAGACUAUGUUCCCUCUUCGCCCACAGAACUGUCCUGUAACUUUGAAGAUGGAAUGUGUGGCUGGUUUCAGGACAACAGCGACAGCUUUGACUGGACGUUGCUCGACGGGAUGGACCACACCAUCGGGAUAGGCAGAAGCCUCAGCGUGGACAUGUGGAGUCCUUCUCUCCGUGGUGCGUUCGGACGCUUGGUUUCAUACACUCAGCUAGCCGGUCCUACAGAUUACUGCCUGUUCUUCUUCUACAAACUCUAUGGGCCAAACACAGGUGCUCUGAAUGUGAAGGUGUUAGAUAACGACGGCUAUGAGAGGAUCCUCUGGACCCGCAGCGGGGCGCAUGGCAACACGUGGCAUGAAGCUCACUGCCCCGUACCGCACCAGCUCACAAACUUCAAGCUGAUGUUUGAAGCGGUUCGCUCUGGGUUUGACGGGCGUGUGGCCAUUGACGAUGUGACUUUUUUGAGCGGUCCCUGCACUGCGCCCAGGAUGUGUUCCUUUGAAGGUCAUCAAUGCGGGUACAGCACCUCUGGUAAAGUUCAGUGGCUCCACCGCAGCGGGUACCCCGCCACCCUGACUAGACCCAAAACAGAUCACACACUGGGGACUGAACAUGGUUUCUAUAUGAUGGCUAACAGCGGAGCAGACAUCCUGCCUUCUGGAGGUAAAACAGUCCUCACCUCCCUUAUUCGCAAAGGAACCACCAAGACUGAGUGCGCCCAUUUCUGGUAUCACAUGGAGGGAAAGAACCCUGGCUCUCUGACAUUGUAUAUGAAGCCGGUGGAGGGAGAGAGGGUGAAGAUCUUCUCUGACAGUUCAAACCAGGGAGCUGUCUGGCGCCAUGGUUAUGGCAACAUCACCAGCGACCUUGUGGACUGGCAGCUGGAGUUUGAGGUGGUGGGAGCUGGAGGCAAAGGCACUCACAUUGCAGUCGAUGACAUCUUCCUCUCUGCUCACCCAUGUGAAGGUCAAGGUUCUAAGUGCAGUCUGGAGAGAGGGAUGUGUAGCUGGAGCAACACCCAGAACGUCAAAGUGGACAAACUUGACUGGGAGCUGACGAGUCAGGAGGCAGAGAAGCACUACCCUGUCCCGCCUGCAGACCACACCCUGGGCACAGAGAGAGGUCACUUCCUGUUCCUUUCAAGUAGCAACAGGACAGCGGCCAAUCAAAAUGCUCAGUUGCUGAGCCCUCACCUGCCCCCCACUAAAGGAACCUGUCUGAAAUUCUGGGCCUACAAACCGUACUCAUCGGACAGCGAGCUGAGGGUGUGGAGGCUCUCUAAAGGUCCGCCCCAUCAGCUGCUGUUGGGUGAACUGGGGGGGCCGUGGAGACGCUUUGAUGUCAACAUAACGUCUACAGAGGAAUACCAGAUUGUGUUUGAAGGAGUUAAAGGGAUUUCAGGCAUCGUAGCUCUGGAUGAUAUUGAAUACACUGUCGGAAUCAACUGCGCUAAGAAAGUCACAGAUCCACUGACAACCUCACCGAAGGGAGACAACGCUGGCGGGAUUGCAGCGUCGGUCAUCGUGGUCCUGUUGCUGAUCGCCACGCUGAUCGCCCUGCUGAUUUACUACCUGCGAACCAAACAGACAGUCAGGGCUGUGAACAGUCCAUUGUCAACAUCGUCCUCAGCUGCUGUUGGUGUCAGUAAUGACUUGUAUGAGUCAGACCUCACACAGAACCAUGUGACCGUGCCACCCACACAAAACCAUCCAAUGGCAGCUGGCUUCAAUAAUGUCCAUGUCUAUGAUGAUGUCAGAGAGAUGGAGGUGGCGUGAGGCAGGAGGAGAGGGAUUCCUGCCACCUGAAGGUGGCUUUGUGAAAUAAAGGGGAUAUCACAGCAGAAGAACUGCUUGUGUCGCCCUGACACGAUACACACACAUACACACACAUGAACACGCCCACACACACACACUUGAAUAGAACCACACACACAAACAUUCCAAGCACAGUCCGCAUACUGAAACACUGCUGACGGCAUGCAGCUGCAUCAGAUGCCGUGGGGCCCUGCAGGGUCACUGCUUUCUGCAUGGAUGUUCAGAAAGGAGUCAGAAGAAGAAGUUUAACUUUCUGAAAUUGAGACUGGACAUGAUCCUUGAAUGAUCAAAAGAAGUUGCAUGAAGUUUCAGGAUCCAUUUUGGAUCAAUAAGAAAGGUUACAGGUUAUUAUGCAACACGCAGGUUGGGCUUCUUUAUUUUUGGCUUUUAAUAUGUAGAAGUGGAACCCUUCUGAUUUCAAAUGUUGAUGUCACUUUAGUAGUUAUAUGUAGUACAGAGCUCACAUUUACAUGAGAAAGCCUGAACCAGGGGCCCAGGGCAAAGAUGUGAGUUGUCACGGCACACUUUAUGGGCUUUGGCUCUGAUCUGCCUGCAAUAAUCUCCAAACGUUAUGAGAUAUGUGGAUUGUUGAUGAUAAAAAAAAACAGUAGAAAGAAGAGAAUGACUAAGAGAGAUAUAGAGCUUACAGAGGAAGUCAAUGCUGCUGUUUAGAGAAAGACUGUAGAACAAACCAAUUAUGUGAGAAGGAGGGCUCACUUUACUCCACAGGAUCAAAGGAGCUCCAAUGAUUAAUGAAUUCAAAUUGAGCAUUAAAACACCAGUGUCAAA